AUGGAAAGCAGGGCAAAAUUAUGUUUUUUUGCACUUACAGUGCGUAUUCAACUGCAGAGUUAUGGUGCUGCAGUCGAUGCUGGAGAUACUCUUUCGUUGGGCACCUCGCUCACUGGAAAUCAGACAAUCAUUUCAAAGAACGGCACCUUUGAAUUGGGAUUCUUCAGCCCAGAUGGAAGCAACUGGUAUAUUGGCAUCUGUGAAGGGAAUCUGGUAUUGUUGGAUGCACAGGGCGCAUCUGUUUGGUCAGUCAAUACAAUAAACAAGGCAUCCCGGGCUCUGCUAUUGGAUUCUGGUAAUUUUAUAAUGCUAAUUGACGACAACAAAUCUGAAACUGUUUGGCAGAGUUUCGACAAUCCUGUAGAUACCUGGUUGGCAGGGAUGGUGUUCGGUGGACAACAAAAGCUCUGUCUCUUGGAGAAACUCAUUAGAUCCUGCUCCUGGGCUUUUUUCCUUACACAUGGGCUUUUCUCCUUUCAUGUGGAUCCAUCUGGGGCCAAACAAUUCGUGCUGACAUGGAACAAUUCUGUACAGUAUUGGGACAGUGGAACUUGGGAUGGAAAAAUUUACAGUGGAGUUCCAGAAAUUGCAGACAAACGUCAGCUCAAUAUCAGCGUUGAAAGUAAUAGCUCAGGUUUGUUUGAAAGUUAUACGUUGAUUCCUCCGUUUAGUGCACUCAUACGUCUCGUCGUGACUAAGUUCGGACAAGUGAGAGUGUAUGCAUUCGAUGGCAGUAAAUGGAGCAUGUUCUGGACUAUGCCAGGAGAUAGAUGCGCCGUAUAUGGUCCCUGUGGUGACUACGGAACCUGUGAUUCCCGAAAUAUUCAGCUCUGCAGCUGCGGAGAAGGCUUCAAACCCACAGACAAUAGUGCCUGGCUCUCGCAAGAGUGGGAAUCCAGUGGCUGUGUUCGGAAGAAUCCAUUAAGAUGCGAUGCCAUUAGUGGUAACACUGACGGAUUCAUCGACCUUGGUGUCACUUUGCCUGACGAUUUCGCCUCCUCAUACCCUGUAUCCACAAACAAAGAUUGCGAGGAAGCCUGCCUCCGCAACUGCUCCUGCACCGCGUUUGCUUUCAAUCCGCCUUCAGGGCCCUGUUAA